ACGUGCAGAGAAGAAUGUCUAGCCAUACACCCACAGAGGACUCUGGACAUCUUGUGACUAAGGAGUACCUUGGUUUGGCAAGCCAGAACUUGACGCAAGCUAGUAAGAGUGUGCCUCACUUGCCCAGUUUGAACCAGGAAGUGACUCUACACAUGGGUGUCAGCGAGAGUUCAAAACUUCUCUGGACUGAAACAGACGAGGGUCUAAUGAACAAUAGUACCAAACAGGUCAUUUCAACAAUCUUGACCUCAUGCGAGGAUCAGACAUCAAAUGCACCUUGCUUCUCCACAGUAGGAAAGAAAAUAUCUGAUAUGUCCCUUGAGGUCAACAUAUUGGUAGGUGGUGUUCUGUCUCAGCUGAAUGACAUCUCCUUGUCAAGGUCCCCAACACCAUGUGAAGACAUGUUUGAACGUCUCCAAGGUUCUCCUGAGCGAACCUCUCCAGUAAGUCUAGAUUGCAGCACGGCUGCCUCCAAAGGCAUUGCAUCUUCCCACAGUCUUUCAACAAAGAGCCUCCAAAAACUUUCUAGUCAUGAGUUCCAAACCAAAGCUGAGAAAGGAGUGAGUGAGGUCCUCUCUAGAUCAUUUAACAUUGUGGAGGAAGGUACAACAGAUAAGUACCUCCAGUCUGUAUCUACAUCCACCACAUCUACUGAUAUUAUACAAACCAUAGUGAAAGAUCUGCAGGAGCUCACCCAGACCACCCAAUCAUCUGACAUGGUAUCUGGAACCUCCCUGCUCACCACUGGACAGGUUUCUGAGAAAAGAAUCUGGUCUGUUGCUCGUAACAUCUACUACAGUCUGCAAAGUAAGAUUACGGAGUUUCUCAGAAAAGAUCUUCAAAUGUCAGACACAACACUUGGUUCAAUCCCAAUAUUUACAUAUCAAAGCAGUCCUGCUUCACAAAGAGCAAGUCUCUGCCAUCUUGAGGUCAACCAGAGCAGUGUUACACCUUGUGGAAACGAUGCCUGUGUGGACAUUCCGCACAAAUUACUACCUAAAACCACUGAGCUCUCAGGAUCCAUGCUGGAGGAUAUUGGCACGAUCCGUUGUAGGAGUGCUGACAGCCAAAAUACAAGAAAUACCUCUUCUUCAUGCUCCUCCAUCUCUCUAACACCUACUUCAAAAUUAAAGCAGUCAGAAUGGGACUUCACCUUGCCCGGUACUCCCAUCCCCACUGAAUUAUCUGCUCAGAGUGACUUUCCCAUUGUAAGAAACAUGAUCAUUCAGGACUUGUUUCACACAGAGAACUUACUUCCCCCAUCCUUUGUGGACAAAGUCAGGCAAGCUGCUGGGGUGGUAGUGGACGAAAUGGUGGAAAGUGUUGAGAACACACAGGAAGAUGGACAGGGUGCUUUUCAUCCUGACAACCUCCGAUCUGCUGUUAGGAAAUUGAGAAAAAUAAUUUCCACUGGGACCAUCCACAUGUUCAGUCAUGAAUUUGUGGAUAAAGUGAUAGCCCUUCAGGACAGCCACAGCACUCCACAGGUCUUAACAUUGGCAGCAGCCAGAAGUGCUUCAGACUCCAUUCUUUCAAGGCUGAAAUGGGGAAAGGAACAAUGUGCCAUAUCCAGGAAGCUCUCCUCUCAGCUUCUCCAGAUAUUUGCCGAAGAGACAGUGAAGGGCUUCCUAAAACAGUGGUUAGAUGAGUCUGAAAAUAUCAACAUUGAUGUUUCAGUCCAGAAUGAACCAAGCACCUCUACUUGCAUGGUCUUUCCUAUCCAGCUCAAUCCGAGCAAGCCAGAGGAUAGUGACACAAUGAAUCAGCUCACGAAAGUCAUGGUCAACCAAAUGAUGGAUGCCUUAUCAGUUGGCUCAAGUCAUCAAAUGAUCACCAAAGCCAAUGCCAAAUGUUCUUUUGAGUCCGGUACCAGCAUGGCCACCAGAGACAUUGUAGAAGGGAUGUUGGAUUUGGUAAGGGAUAGCACCAGCAGUACUGGAGAGCAGAUCCCCAUCUUCAAGUCCAAGAAAAGCAAGAAAACCAUGUUCAGCAAGAUAUGCUUUAACAUAAAGGGUUCCAAGAAAGUUAGAAAGGACCACUGUCCUCAAAAGUCUAUGGAGUACCAGCCUCAGAACACUUCCCCUACUGUGUACUUUACAGAGUCGAGGACAAAUUCUCAUGGCUCCUUUGCUCCAGAGGGAAAUGACAUCGCAUAUUCCUUCCCACCUGAAGAGAAGAGUCGCAAACCCUCCCUUUUCACCAGAAUGUAUAGAGCCAUCACUAGAAGCUUCUCCAACCCAAGAUAAUUUUCCUCAUUAAAUGAGAUUGCAUUCAUUUGUUGUCAUAUGUUGACUGUUUUGCUAGCACAGACUGUAAUAUGUUCUGCGAUUCAUCCACAUGCAUUGAGGAGUAUACCACCUCAGUCACAGGCUACAUCAAUAAGUGGAUCGACAACGUCGUGUCCACAGUGACCGUAUGUACAUAUCCCCGACAGAAGCCAUGGAUUACAGGCAACAUCCACACCGCGCUAAAGGCUAGAGCUGCUUCUUUCAAGGAGCGGGACACUAAUCCAGACACUUAUAUGUAAUCCUGCUAUGCCCUCAGACUAACCAUCAAACAGGCAAAGACUAUAUCUAUAAGCCUCAUCAAAAGGAACGAAAUUCUAAGUUGUCCGCAUUGUUUCAGGCAUCAUCCGUUCCAAAGUCUCAUCUUGUUCACUGU